AUGCUGGGCCUGCCGAGCCUCGCGGCCGCCGGCCUCGUCCUGCUCCUGCUCUACCUCACCGGCCGCUUCCUCUGGCUCUACAACAAGGACACCGCUCAGGCAGCCGCCGCAUCAGCAUCCUCCUCGUCCUCCCGGUGGCGGCCGGCAGCAGCGGCUGGCGCGUCGACGUCGCUGCCAGCAGCCUCUCCUCUGCCCCGCCGUGCCGUGCCGCUGUCGUCGUCGUCGUCCCUGCUCCCGGUGUUCUUCGUCCUGCACGUGGCCGUGUCCGGGCCCGGCGCGGAGACGGCGGAGUGCGCGGUGUGCCUGACGGAGUUCGGGGAGCGGGAGGCCGGCCGGCUCCUGCCGUGGUGCGGCCACGCCUACCACGAGCAGUGCAUAGCGACGUGGCUCCGGGUCAGCACCACGUGUCCGCUCUGCCGCGCCCCCGUGGCUACCAAGUAA